AUGGCUGCUAACUUGAAGGAUAUGGAAGGUUGGCAGAUUGUCAAUGUUGAUGAGGAUGGGAAAAUUAUCAACGAAAACAGGGCCAGACGUUCACGGACAGGAAAUCGCAUUAAGAGCACGUUUCUCCAAAGAAUCUCUGAUGGGUUAAGCUUUGGUGUAGGUGACAAUAUCAUUACCCAUGACAAUGUUACAAAAACAUAUUCUGUUUAUCUGGUCCAUGAAAUUAGACAAAAUACAGUUAAAUCACUGGUAGAAAUUUGGGCCUUUUCAUAUCUUCGAUGGUUUGAAUUAAGUGGUAUUAAGUAUUUCUCACAAUUCGAUCCUAAUAUGGUUGAAAGGUUUCCUAAUCCCAAGGAACUCAACCAACAACUGUUUCAAAUUUUAGAUCCUCACGAACUCUAUCUAACCGCUGAAACAGUAGAGUUUGAAUUAUGUGACUUCAUUGAUGUGGCAAAAAUUGUAACAGGGAAAGAUUUCGAAAAUGGAAAAGCCAUAACUGACAAGGACUUCAUUGUCAAUUAUAUUUGCGAACCAACAGGUGAAAAUUUUGUGAAGAUAGAUAUUUUCCAUGAGUUGAAACUUAUUAAGCAAUUUCCUAAAAAGCAAAGUGACGAACAUUUAAAAAGAUUAUCUACACAGCGUCAGAGACCUGCUUCUAAUCAGAGUCAACCUCAAAAUAAGACAUCAUUGAAACAAAUUCCUUCAUUAUCUAAUAAAGAACCUAUAUUAACAGCAGUAACAGUAACCAAUUCAACUGAUAGCGAUGAUUCUAACGAUGAUCUUCCAUUAUCACACAAGCGCCGUCUUUGGAUUCCAAAGUCACCCAAUUUUUCGCAAUCAACCCAUUCUGAUGACACAACUUCACAAAAAAAUAACAUUCCAAAUAAUUCUGCCAGUAACUCAAAUGAUUCUAAUGUUGUUGUGUCAAAGAUUCCCGAAAAUGAAGAGGAAAAAGUUGAUAAUAACGAUCGCAACAAUGAACAAACACCAUCACCAUUACUAAACUUAUGUGAUACACCGGUAUCUGAUGUAAAUAUUAACACUAUUUCUCAAGGUACAGCACAAAAAGAGGAGCCAGCUGAUCAAAUAUUCCCGCUAAGUCAACAUGAGAAUAAUACUAAAAAAAGUUAUAACUUAGAACAAGAAAAUAUUUAUAAAGAGAAGGUUCAAGAACAGAAAAAUGAUGAAAUAAAGAAAAAACUAUCACUCUUCGUGCAGGAUAAUGAUUAUGAGACUUCUAUCGAGAGUUCUGCUGAGAGUUCUGCUGAGUCUGAUGAUGCAUCUGCUCGAAUAACUGAAAUUACUUCUGAGAUCCAGGACAGCUCUGAUGCUGAAAACUCAUUCCAUGACGCACUUACAGAGUUGCCCUCACAACGUAAACAUAUAACUUCCAGACCAUUGCAAUCAGCUAAUAAUACCAAAAGAAAAUUAUCAGAUGAAUCGAAUAAUGACCGAGAAAUAAACGAUGGGCAACCUGAAAGGAAGAAAGCAAUUUUUGAUGUAACGCUUGCUAAUGAUGGAAAAGAUAAAACUUUGAAGACUAAAAAGACAAAUAGAUUAUCCACAUUGACGAAGAUCGAUGAAACUGUGCAAAGUGAUGGAGUGAAAGAAAAAAAAGGUUCAAUAAGAAGCGUACUGAUAAACCCAUCUACUUUCAAAUUGAUAAAGACAAAUUACGAUAAAACCUUGGAACUAAUAAACAAUUUUCAAAAUGUAAAUAUCUCAAAUACUGAAUUGCCUAAUUCAGGAAGCUCUGAUAGUAAAGGGUCGACUAUAAGUCUCAUUGGUACCUUGAUAAAAUAUGAUCCGAAAACUUCAACGAAAAACAAUAAACAAACAUUAUAUAGUCAGAUCAAAAGCUCAUCGAACAAUCUUUCCAUCGAAUUAAAAUUAAGAUCUAUCACAAGAAAGAAAGAAGGAUUAUCUGAUGUUUGCAAUGUAUUUGUCGAUGUUUAUUACGAUCUAUUUCGCAGAAUUAGGGCAUGUUCUUCCUUGUUACUAUUUUGCACCGCAAAAAAAGUUAUUAGCGCUGAAUAUGUCUUACAAGAGGUUCUUUCAGAGUUAUCAUUAUCAUAUAUUAUGAAAGAACUCCAGCCGUUCACUUGGACGCACAUAUAUCCUAUCGAAAAUCCCACAAUUGCAUCCUUAGUUAUACAAAUAUGGAAAAAUAUAUCUGGUGAGCUUUUGCAGGCAAAGCAGGCUAUUGGGGCUUUAUUCCAUUUCUGUAAAGAUGUUCAAGUUAUGAGAAAGAAAUAUAUUAUUGUAUUCAUACAUAAUUUCGAAUCUAUACUGAACACUCCAAAUUACGUUCACAUUAUUGAUCUCUUAAUGAGGUUGGUUCAAUUUCCAAAUUCCAAAUUGUGCAUAGUUUGCAUUAGCAAUGAGAGCCCACAAUUAUUAAAGAUGUUCACUGAGAGGCCAAAUGAUGAAACAUGGAAGAUAGUAAACUUCCCAACUUACCCAACAAACGCUAUCAAAAUGGUGAUACAUUCGAUCCUAUACAAUAGGUUUUAUGGAACAUUUUUUGUUAAACAAGACUCAGCUUCGUCUAGUUGGUCAAUUAGGAAUCUUGAUCCAUUAAUAACAUCACCAACAGAUUAUACAACCGCUGUAUCAGAUGCCUCCAGAGAUGGAUAUAGUUCAAAACAUAUAUUGGUUUCUCCAGAGGAUGCUCGUGACAUUAUCGCAUUAUUGGAAUCUCACGCAACUCAUUAUGACGAAAUUCUAGUUUACUGUAAAAAAGCAAUAUUUAUGACAAAAUGGACAUAUAUUAAACAAUUAUCUAAUAAUAGAAUAGAAUUUACCGCCGAUCCAUUGCUAACUCUAUCUGAUGUCCACCGCAUAGUUGAUAAACCUAUCCUAGAAACUGCUUUUGAAAGAGUUAAUUCAUUGCCUGCCAUCAGUAAAUUAUUAUUGAUGUCGUCAUUGUUAAAUGAGAACGGAAACAUUGCCAAUGAAACUACUGUAAUUCAUUUCCCUAAAUUAAAAGAUCAAAUGAUAAAAUACAUGCAUACACAUAGCGAUAUGCUGUUUGUACAACAAGUUAAAGCUGCCCUAUCACCAAAUCCAAAUAAUUUAAAUGAAAUAAUGGACUCUAUAAAUUGGCGCUUCAUAUUUGAGAAAUUAAUGAACUUAGGUUUAGUCAACUUUUCGAUAAAUCUUGAAAACGAUGUAAAUAGCAUUUUCUUCAUUAACCUUUUCAAUAGACUUGAAUUAGGAACAUAUUUGCUAACGUGCGGCUCUGCACCAAAUUCAAAUCCGAAAACUUCAAAACCGACCAACCUUAAUUUAUAA